UCUUUCUCUUUCUCUCUCUCUGUGUACAUCUAUAUAGAGCCCCACCUUACCCUCUGCACAGGAUCAAGACCUUGGAGAUCAGUGUCCCUGUGAGAGAUGGAGGGGAAGGAGGAGGAUGUGAGACUGGGAGCAAACAGGUUCUCGGAGAGGCAGCCUAUAGGGACAGCUGCACAGAGCCAGGACAAGGACUACAAGGAGCCACCACCAGCUCCGCUGUUCGAGCCAGGGGAGCUCAGCUCAUGGUCCUUCUACAGGGCUGGCAUAGCCGAGUUCGUGGCCACCUUCCUUUUCCUCUACAUCACCAUCCUCACCGUCAUGGGCGUGGUCAAGUCCGACACCAAGUGCUCCACGGUGGGCAUCCAAGGCAUCGCCUGGGCCUUCGGUGGCAUGAUCUUCGCCUUGGUCUACUGUACCGCUGGGAUCUCAGGUGGACAUAUCAACCCGGCGGUGACCUUCGGGCUGUUCCUGGCAAGGAAGCUCUCCCUCACCAGGGCGCUGUUCUACAUGGUGAUGCAGUGCCUGGGUGCCAUCUGCGGUGCUGGUGUGGUGAAGGGGUUUCGGAAGGGGCUCUACGAGAGCAACGGCGGUGGAGCAAACGUGGUGGCCGCUGGCUACACCAAGGGUGAUGGCUUGGGUGCUGAGAUCGUGGGCACCUUCAUUCUUGUCUACACCGUCUUCUCUGCCACCGAUGCCAAGAGGAAUGCUAGGGACUCUCAUGUGCCCGUAGGCAGUCCCUCAACUUCCACCUUCCUUUUCUUCUAUUUACUUACGAUUACACCAUUCUCCUUCUCUUUUGCUGAACCUACAGCCUUUAGAGAUACUCGCUCCCUUGCCCAUUGGUUUUGCAGUUUUCCUGGUUCACUUGGCCACCAUCCCCAUUACCGGCACUGGCAUCAAUCCCGCAAGAAGCCUUGGAGCUGCCGUCAUCUACAAUAAAGACCAUGCUUGGGAUGACCACUGGAUCAUCUGGGUUGGACCAUUCAUCGGAGCUGCUCUUGCUGCCAUGUACCACCAGGUUGUGAUCAGGGCAAUCCCAUUCAAGAGCAGGCCCUGAGGUUCCAGAAAAGAUGUUGCGCCUCCUGCCAUGUCUCUCUUAUCCAUCCAUGGAUUGCAGCUGGAUGUUGUCAUGUUGCUAUUGCUAUCUUUUAACUUGGUUUCUUUUAUCUUCA